AUGAGGUUUCUUUUCCUGCUUCCAAUGUUGCUGGCGCUAAGCAAGGGCGCCGCGCGCCUGCCGCUUGACGUGCUAGUGGACGCGCACAGCGCGGUGUUUGGCGAAGAGGCGGUAUCCAUAGACCCCCGAGGGCCACUCAGCCUUUUGCGCGGAUAUGUGUAUGCCCAGCAAGGAUAUAUGCACAACAAAAGAUUCUUUUCCCCUGAGAUAGAAACAAGCUACAGCCUGGGCUUUAGCGCGGAGGGCGCGGGCGUGCCAAGGAGUGUGUUCAAGCGGCAGGCAGAGCUGGACCGGGCAUACCCUUCAGAAGGCGCCUGCGCCGAGUCCGAGUCUGCCCGCAGAUACCAUAGCAUGCUUGUGCAGAUGUUUCCAUCGGGCGCCGGAAGCCUUUCCAUUUGCUCCGGCCGGAAAGACUCGCUGUAUAGGUUUCUUCAGAGCGUGUGCAGUCAGACACAGGCGUGUUACGUGCUUGCCGCGUUGCUGCUGUUGAGCGAGGGCGAGAGCGUGCCUAUUGAGGCGACGCAGAAAAGCGUCACACUAUGGAAAAGCUGGGACAGCAAGGCCCAGUUUGAAAAGGCAGCCAAAGGGCAGAAAGGGAGCAGCAUUGGCCCCUAUGCGGUUUUCCAUCUAGACACCAGGGCGGGGGACGAAAGGCACUCGCGAAAAGAGGUGGCCCAGGUUGUAAGGUUUUUUCGCCAGCAUCAAGCGCAAGCCUGCAUGCCCUGCACGCAGGAGGAGUUCCAAGCCGGGGCGUUUUUAGACACUCCUCAGUUUCUUAUACAGGCGUAUGUCUUUGAGUACAUAUACAGCAAGGAGGAUGCGGUCGAGCUUGCAAGAUGUGCAUAUGAAAUCCUGAGGAACCUAGGCCAGAGAAUGGAUGCAAACGGCGGCACGCUUCGCACGUAUUUUGUCUAUGCUGGAGAGAGAGGCCGUGCCGAGGAAGACCUGUGCAUGCUCCAGGAGGCGCAAGCAGCUCUAGAAAAGCUGAGGUGGUUCCCGCUUUCGAGCUUGGAUGCGCACAAAAGCGCGCCCUUAUAUGACAGACGCCUUGGCGCGUUUUCCAAGGAAACCUUCAGCAGCUGCGUGGAAGCGGGGCUGCUUUUUCUGUUUUGCUGUCUUGCAUUUGACCCCGAGAAAAAAAAAUACAGCGCCAGAAAGCUGCUGGGCAAGCAGUUCCACGAGGCCGCUGCGUGCGACUUGCGGGGCUUUUUCUGCGCUGGCAAAAGCCCCCAGGAGCAGCCCGCUCGCAGCCUGGCAGCAAAACAGUGGCAAAAGGUGGUCUCAGAUCUGCCGUGCGGAAGGAUAGCGUAUUGCAAAGGCCCCCCGAACAACGAAAUGCGCACCGGGCUGCUGAAUGUGCUGUACGCGGUCGCGCGGGUGACUGGCAGGCAUGCAGAAGAGAACGCGCAGAUAGACGCGCUUUUGGAAAAAGUAAACAGCAAAGAGGAGUCUCCGCACGAGGCGUGUGCGCAUGUAGCGGCAUAUGCCAGCAGGCUGCUGUGUCUGCUUUCUGUGAACAAGCAGCUGAAGGUCGAAUUUCAAGACAUCAGAAAAGGCAUGCGGAAGGACGGGGUGCAGGAUGUCUUUGGGUCUGUUGUUCUGAAGUAUGCGGGCAAAGACUGCAAGGACGUGCAGGGUCUGCGCUUGGACUUCUUUCCCGGGCAUCUGAGCACUUCCCUGCUGCAGCCCAAGAUCUGGCUGUCAAGCGAAGAGCUGUGCAGGCUUGCCGCCGCGGCCUCUGCGUGCAGGCGCCAGAAAACCUUUGUUGGGUUUUUGUUUGCCGAGCACAUAGACGCUCUGGCCGCAGGGCCUUCUCAGGAGAGCGAGCAAGACGAAGCGCACAGAGUUGCAAGGCUUGUGCAAGACGCAGUGCUGAAGAGCCCAGGCAAGCUGAACGCGAUUUUUAUGGGGGGCUGCAUUGCAGAGCCGUCCUGCAAGAGCAGCUUUGCCCGCAGCCUUUCUCUGUACGCCAAGGGAGAGCGCAUUGCGCUGACUCGAGCACACCCUAUUGUGCGGCUGAUUUCCAACCUUCUGGCCAGCGCCUCGCUUGACAACUGCUCGGUGCAAUACAGCAUGCUGGUGGCGCUUGCGUGCACAUACGGGCUGGAGGUUCUGCGCCCGAAGGUUGUGCUGUCGCGCAGCAGGGAGUCCUUCUUCUUCAAGAGCCCGCAGCUGCCCGCGUGCAUCAAAGGGCACACACUUGAGGGAUAUCCAAGAGCUGCGGAGAUUCUUCUGGGGUACUUCCGGGCCUACACAACAAAGGCAGAGCAUGCGCUGCACCUGAGCAGCGCGCUGUCUGGGUGCCGGGCUGUGUACAACGUGUUCCAUUGCCUCUCCUCGGACCGCACAGGCGGGGCGGCGGAAGAGCUCUCUCGGAUGCUUUGCAGCCCGGGCGACAAAGGCGUGCCAGAAGACGCUCUUGCGCUGAAAAGCGCGCUGUCUUUUGUGUGGUUCAGCAUUUCGUGCAUGCAGCGCGCAGACAGCCCCGAGCUGGUUCUCCGGCUGUACCGCGCGAUUGACGUGGGCACGCCUGUUGCGGGCACGCUGGACAGAUUUGACCAUAUGUACGACGGCAAAAGAAAAAAGCACACUGUGCGCUACAUGGAAAAGCACAGGGCUUCCCUGGAAAAGGCCGGCGGAAAAGCAAAGUUCGCGGAAGUCCUGGAGGCCUUCUCUGGCAUACGGCCUCCGCGCGCGCCAUGA